ACGAAAAAAAUCUGUAUUUUUCUUAAACAUAAUUAAAAAGUCUUUGUCGUAAACAAAAUCCAUUUGUGGCUAAAAAAAGUGAUUUUUUUUAAAGACACAAAUGGGUGACCAGACAAAGACAUUUUUGUACGCCUGGUUGGGAAAGAAGAAGGUGACACCUAAUUAUCAUUUUAAUCAGUCGGGUGCCGGCAAUCGGUCGCGAUUUAAGUGCGAAGUUCGGGUCCCGGGAUACAAUUAUGUGGCAAUGGGAAACUCGACCAACAAAAAGGAUGCCGGCGUCAAUGCGGCCCGAGAUUUCAUAAUGUAUUUGGUCCGCGACGGACAUAUGCAUGAAAAUGAACUGCCAUUUACUACGGCUAUGUCCAACAGUUUAGAGGCCACUGUGUCGGCUGCAUCGACGCCGCCGCCAGCGAUCGAUGCUCUGAUAACUCAUUGCCGAUCUACUGGUCCACCCGCAGCAGCAGCUGCAGCACCGAUACGCCAGCAGACGCAACAGCCACUGGUUAACAAAGGAUUCAUGCAAUACAGUGAGGGACCCAAACAAGACUAUGUCGACCGGAUUGCACAGAAACGUAAGUUUGAAGAAGCGGAAGAAUUGGACACCAAUUCAAGUAUUCACGGAAACUGGACGUUGGAUAACGCGAAACAACGAUUGCACGAGUAUUUGGUACAAAACAAGAUUAAAGCUGAUUAUGUUUAUACAGCCAUUGGACCCGACCAUAGCAAGAGUUUUGUAUGUGAACUGACACUUCAUUUGCGACAAUUGGAUAGACCUGUAACGGCCCGCGACACCGGGUCCAACAAACAAUUGGCUUCCCGAGCCUGUGCGCUGUCCAUUAUGAGACAACUGUUUCAUUAUGGAAUUAUCGGCGAGUUUAAGAUCACACAAUCAAAACGUAACAAACAAUCGAUGGUUGAUUCAUACAGUAUUGAUAUACCAAUCGAGUUGUUAGAGAAGCUCAGGAAAACCCUAAAAGAUUUGAAUGUAAUACCGGUUGGCAUUUGCGAUCACCGAACUACUAAUGGCACACCGGAAACGUAUUCAAUUCUGAUUGAAGAACCAAAAGACAAUCGAAAUAUUGAUACAAUAGUUGUACCGCAAGACUGUGUUAGUUGGUGUCCACCAAUUGAAAACUGGAACGCCUGGAGAGGCUGUAACAUAGAUGAGGGACACUUAGCUGUCAAUAAUUUGGGACAAAUUAGCGAAAUGUUACAACAGAUGAGUGAAAGCGCACAGAAAACAUCGCUUUUCAAAGAAAUGACAAACAGACGCAAAGCGCUGCCAAUUUGGUCGGUUAGAGAAUUGAUUGUCAGAAAAAUUACCGAAAAUCCGGUUGUCAUUAUCAGAGGCAGUACCGGUUGCGGUAAAACAACUCAAGUACCGCAAUAUAUUUUGGAUAAAUUUAUUGUCAACCGAAGAGGCGCCGAAUGUAAUAUUAUUGUAACACAACCGCGAAGAAUUAGUGCCGUAUCUAUUGCCGAACGAGUGGCACAGGAAAGGGCUGAAAUACUGAGUUUGAAUGCAAGCGUCGGCUAUAGUGUCCGGUUUGAGAAUUCACUUCCCCGACCGUACGGAUCGAUACUAUUUUGUACAAUCGGUACACUUCUGCGUAAACUUGAAAGUGGUUUGCGUGGUAUAUCUCAUGUAAUCAUCGAUGAAGUACACGAACGCGAUGUCAACACAGAUUUCCUUUUGGUUGUCAUCCGAGAUAUGGUCAACGCGUUUCCCACUUUACGAGUUAUAUUGAUGUCGGCCACCAUCGAUACGACUAUAUUUCAAAAAUAUUUCGGCAAUUGUCCGGUACUGGAAAUACCGGGUCAAUCACAUCCAGUUCAAGAAUUUUUCCUUGAAGAUUGUGUUGAAAUGUUAGAAUUUAUUCCGCCACCACCGCAACGAAAGAAUAAAAAUUUUCAAGACGAAGACAAAGAGGGCGGCGCUGACGAUGGCGGAGAAAAUCUUAACAAAGUAUUGGCGCCGAAGUACUCGGACUUUACACGACAUACAAUGUCUAAGUUAAGUGAACGAGAGAUCAGUUUCGAAAUGAUUGAGGCACUGCUGAAUCACAUUAAUGGUUUGAUUGUCAAAGGAUCUGUUCUGGUAUUUCUUCCCGGUUGGAACUAUAUCUUUGCACUUAUGCGUCAUCUUCAAUCACAUCCGACAUUUGGUUCCAAGAGAUUUUGUGUUCUACCGCUUCAUUCGCAAAUUCCACGCGACGACCAGCGAAAAGUUUUCGAACCGGUUCCAUCGGGAGUGACCAAAAUUAUUUUGGCCACAAAUAUUGCCGAAACCAGUAUCACUAUCGACGAUGUUGUUUUUGUCAUCGAUUCGUGCAAAGUUAAGAUCAAAUUAUUUACAUCUCACAACAAUAUGACUCAUUACGCCACUGAUUGGGCGUCGAAGACAAAUCUUCAGCAACGACGAGGAAGAGCUGGUCGAGUUAGACCCGGAUUUUGUUAUUAUCUGUGCAGUAGAGCCCGGUAUGAUGCGAUGGACGACUAUCUGAAACCAGAAAUAUUUAGGACACCAUUACAUGAAAUUGCUUUAACAAUUAAAUUAUUAAGACUCGGAUCGAUUACCGGAUUUCUAUCGAAAGCUAUCGAACCGCCGCCUAUUCAUACGGUUAUUGAAUCAGAAGUAUUGUUACGAGAGUUGCGCGCACUGGACGACCAAAGCGAGUUGACACCAUUGGGCAGAAUACUGGCCCGUCUGCCAAUCGAACCGCGAAUCGGAAAAUGUAUGAUUGCGUCGAUUAUAUUCGGUUGCGCCGAAUCCAUGUGCACCAUAACGGCCAAUGCCAGCACAUGUCCCGAUCCGUUUGAUUCAUUCAAUUUGAAUCGGUUGCGUUACGCGCAUAAGAAGUUCAGUAACGGAUAUUUCAGCGAUCAUCUGAUGCUACUGAAGGCGUUCAGACUUUGGGAAAGAGCCGAACGUAAAGGUGAAGGUAAUGCUAUUCAAUAUUGCGAACAAAAUUCACUUUUGCCGACUUCGAUGCGAAUCACAUCCGAAGCUAAACGACAAUUGAUUGAAUUGCUGAAGAGUUCAAUGUUUCCGGAUCAAAGUCUUUGCGAUCGUUUUAAUAAUAAUGAUUUUGGUGGUUAUAAUGAAUCACAUCACGGAAACAAUCAUCAAAUUGAUGGCAAUAAUAACAAUAAUAAUACCAAUACUUGUCUGGAUUUGGUGACUGCAUUGUUAACGAUGGGCUUCUAUCCCAAUGUUUGCGUUCACAAAGAAAAACGAAAAGUAUUGACCACCGAAGCAAAGAUUGCAUUAAUCCAUAAGUCGUCGAUCGGCUACACAAACAUACCGUUUCCUCAACAGACGUUUCCGAUGCCGUUCUUUGUGUUCGGUGAAAAGCUGCGGACAAGUAUUGUUUGCGCCAAACAGUUAACAAUGGUUUCGCCAAUACAUCUGCUUCUGUUUGGCGCCAAACGUGUGGACGUAACGCCCGACCAUUACGUCCAACUGGACAAAUGGAUUGACUUUAAAAUGGAUCUCCGAUUUGCCACCACUAUUGUUGCUCUUCGGCAGCCCAUCGAAGAGCUGAUUAUGAAGGUAUCAGCUGAUCCCGAGGCUGUCAGUUCAUUCUCGCCGGCAGAACAACAACUGGUCGACACAGUGACCACUUUGUGUAGUUUCGGUAUUACAAAAAUAACUAAAUUAGAGCCCAGGGAUGUAUCCAAUCCUCCUGUUGUUGUUCAUCAAAAUUGAUUGAUUGUUUUUUACAGUAAUUAUUUAUUAUAA